GGAAGCAGCAGCCAUGGAUGAGGUGACGGAGCUGGAGCUGGGGGGCAACUCCCUGCUGAAGGCCGUGUGGCUGGGCCGGCUGCGGCUGACCCGGCUGCUGCUGGAGGGGGGGGCUUACAUCAACGAGAGCAACGACAAGGGGGAGACGGCGCUCAUGGUGGCCUGCAUCACCACGCACGUCGACCAGCAGAGCAUCCACAAGGCCAAGAUGGUGAAAUACCUGCUGGACAACAGAGCUGACCCCAACAUCCAGGACAAGUCUGGGAAGACCGCCCUCAUGCACGCCUGCAUCCGAGGGGCUGGGGGGGACGUGGUGUCCCUGCUGCUGGACAGAGGGGCAGACCCCAGCCUGGAGGACCACUCAGGAGCCUCAGCGCUGGUCCACGCCAUCAACGCCGAGGACAAGGCUGUGCUGCAGCACCUCCUGAAUGCCUGCAGAGCUAAGGGGAAGGAGGUGAUCAUCAUCACCAUGGACACAUCAGCCUCUGGCACCAAGACAGCCAAGCAGUACCUGAACGUUGCCCCUGCGCUGGAGUUCAAGGAGAAGGCUCCCCUCGAGGAGAGCACAGCCCCCUCCAGUGCCCACCUGAAAACUCCCAACUCAGCGCCUUCCCCGGCCGAGAAGGAGAGCAGCACUCUCAGCCCGCACCCUUCUCACACUGGGGACACUGAGCCACCCUCCCCAGGCCAGCGAGCUGGCACUGCCCGGAGAGCCCACCUGCCGCGGCUGAAGCGGCUGCGGUCAGAGCCGUGGGGUCUGGUGGCACCCUCGGUGCUGGCAGCCUCCAGUCACCGCGACGACACGCGGGUCUGCGCCGACAGCGAGGUCAUCACGGGCAUCGGCGACCUCUCGCUCUCCAAAAAGCCCUCCCUCACCCGCAGCAGCAGCAGCAAGGGAAGGGACCCCUCCCUCUUCCCCCCAGUGGAUGAGCAGGCACUGGGGCCGCUGGCAUGGAAAGCCACCCACGAGAAGAGCGCGGGCACCCACCCGUGCCUGUCCCGGAGCGCCACGGUCCCGGAGGAGCCGGAGAGCACCGGCUCGGCCGCCAGCUCCGCUGCAGGGAUGGACACUCCCCACUGGUGGAGGCCAGGCACCGAACGCAACGGGGACUCGCCGGUCACCGAGGCGGGGCAGGGGCCGUCCGAGAGAAGGAAGCUGAGCGGGUCGCAGCUGGCCUUGCUGGAUGGCUGCUGUGACUCUCCCUCCGGCAGCGCCAGCACAUCGCCCAGCACCGGGCGGCGCCGGCCACCCGGCUUGCUGGAGAGGCGAGGAUCCGGGACCCUGCUGCUGGACCACAUCUCCCACACAAGGCCAGGAUACCUGCCCCCCUUGAAUGUGAACCCCAACCCCCCGAUUCCUGACAUUGGCUCCAGCAAAGCCCCCUCCCCGCUGGCUGCUGGGCUGAAGCCGCUGGUGCCCCUCACGCCCAGCUCGCCCAGGCGGGGCGAUCUGAGAGCCCACAGGAAGCUCCUCCGCAGACAUUCCAUGCAGGCAGAGCAGAUGCGGCACCUCUCCGAUUUUGAGGAGGUCGUGGCGCAGUAGCCGUGCUCCACCUGCUCACAGGGAGGUGGCCGAAGCCGCGCUGUCCCCGCAGAGACGGGACGGUUCCCACGCAGAGUGGGCACUGGCUCGGGGACACACAGUGACCAGAGGGCUCAGCCCUGAGCCCCGGGGCUGAAUCGGGAGCGGGCUGAUCGGGAGAUCGAGCCCACACCGUCCCAGAUCGCCAAGCUCCGUGCCAAGGAUCCCACCUGCAGUUCACUUAUUCCUCACUAGUUGCAAUCUGCUUUUCUUACAUUCUGCUCAUUCUCCCACCGA